UGUAGAGGGGAGAGCCAUGUCCGCUGUGUGUUAGAAACUUUAUUCAGUCUUACCGCUCCAUGAAGCCGGUACAACUCUACAGUUUUGUGACACUGAUAUUGGGCUCAGCAUGCGUCUAUCGCAUACUUAAUGUUUAAAUAUUAUCCUCCAGUCCAUUGUUAUGAGGAUUUAUUUUCGAGAAGAAACGGAUCGGUUUCGUCUGCCUGUGGAAAACCGGAGAGAUCGAUAAAAGUUUCGCCCUGUCUCGCGAAAGGAAUGAAUAAAUGUUAAGAGAGGAAAAUCCGCCUGAUUUAACGAACACAAUGGAAUGCAAAGAUCUUGACACUCAGCCGGCGAUAAAUCAAUUGACACCCACAGAAACACAUCCCCCUGCUGUUCCAGAGGCCAAUCCCAGCGAUCCCAGCACAGAGGAAGUCGGCACCCCCUCAAAAACAGUAUCAGGUAUUAAAGCCAGCACACCUACAAAGAUGGAUACUGAAAGGAAGUCAACAAUGCCAACACGACCAGACGUCAUUACAAAGUCCCCUGCAACACCCACUCCAAAAUCAAGAGGGAGCCCUCAAUCCAAGAAAGAUGGGAUGAAGUUGGAGGACAGGCAGAAACAGGCAAAAGAGAGGAGGGAAGAGAAGGCCAAAUAUCUUGAACAGCGUAGCCAGACUCGAGCUGCUAAGAAGUCUGAGUGGCUGGAGAAAGAGGAGCGGGCGCGGCAGAUGCGGGAACAGCAGCUGGAGGAGCGAAGGAAGAAACUGGAGGAGCAGCGGCUGAAGGCCGAGAGACGCCGUACAGAGCUGGAGGAGAGACAGAGACAGAAACUGGAGAAGAACAAGGAGCGGUACGAGGCUGCCAUCCAGAGGUCCUCUAAGAAGACAUGGGCUGAGAUUCGUCAACUGAGGUGGUCCUGGGCCGGAGGUUUGAGUGGCAACUCCAGCCAAAGCCAGAGCAGAUGCUCAAUGUCAGCGGUCAACCUGCCCAAACAUGUGGACUCAGUCAUAAACAAGAGACUCUCCAAGUCCUCUGCCACUCUCUGGAACUCCCCUAGCAGAACCCGUAGCAUGCAGUUGAGUCCAUGGGAGAGCAGCAUCAUUGACAGACUCAUGACACCCACUCUGUCCUUCCUGGCUCGUAGUCGUAGUGCUGCCUGCAUGCUGAGCAAUGGCAGAGAUGCCCAGUCUCCAUUGUGCCCACGCUCAGCUUCUGCCAGCCCGCUCACAGUGUGUGUUAAUCGGCCACAUCACCACUGCUCUGACCGCUGGAGGGUCACCACCAGCACGCCCAAUAUCGCCCAGCGCAGACGAGACUCCACACCUAUGAGGAAAGAUAAGAAGGACAAGGAAAGAGAAAAUGAAAAGGAGAAGAGUGCAAUCACCAAAGGCAAGGUGCUGAAGAAGAGACAGUCCAUGCCAUCAAUGAAAACCAGAACAGAGCCCAGCCCAAGUCCUGUGUCCAAAGUGCGAGCUGCUUCUCCUGUCACGCCAAAAGUCCGGGCGUCCUCCCCGAGUCCCGCAGUAAGCCCCAGCACUCCUAAAGCCCGACCCAAGAGGGCCAGAACCCCUGCCCGCGUGGAGGCUCGUACAGCCUCACCCAUCACAAUGGAAAGGGUUAGAGAGACCCGCAGGCCGGCUACGCCCGAAGAGCCAACGACCUCGUCUCCUGUCCCCUCGAUUGUUGUGUCAUCAUUUCCAGACAAGCCCCCUGUCGCUACUGCGCCAAUCCUGUCGGCUUUCACACCCUCUGCCCCUGAGGAGUCCCCUCUUGUCCCUGCCCUCCCACAGGUUGCCUCUCCAGCUCCCUCUCCAGUCAAACCCAUGGCUGGCACCAACAACCCGGAGGAGGCCUCUCGCAUACUGGCUGAAAAGAGACGACAGGCCCGUGAACAGAGAGAAAGAGAAGAGCAAGAACGGAGAGAACAACGGGAGAGAGAGAGGCUCCAGCAUGAGGAGAGGCUAGCACAGGAGGUUGAGGAGAGGAGGCACAGAGAGGAGGAGGCGCAGCUCAUGGCUGAGCAGGAGAGGUUGAGGGAGAAGGCCCAGCGCCUGCAGGAGGAAGAGGAGGCGCAGGAAAGAGCCAAAAUCGAACAGGAAGAGAAUGACCGUCUUCAGAAACAGAAAGAGGUGGCUGAUGCAAAGGCUCGGGAGGAGGCCGAGAGACAACGCCUGGAGAGGGAAAAACAUUUCCAGAAGGAGGAACAAGAGAGGCUGGAGAGAAAGAAGCGUCUGGAGGAGAUUAUGAAGAGAACACGCAAAACAGAUGCAGGAGAAAAGAAAGACACAAAAUCUCCUUCAUCUGAAGUCAAUGGCAAAGAUUCCACAAUCGAUUUAGAGAUAAAUAAAGCAUCCGCUGACUACCAGCCAAGCACGCUUUUGAAACAAGAUGGUCAGUUUCAAAGAGGUGUGAAGGAAAGUGUGUCAUUACUUGAGAUGAAUGGUGUACAGUCUACCAAACAUGAGAAUGGCCUGUCAGCCAAAGGGGAGGGUCACUUUGAAGAGAUCAUCCAACUGACCAAUCACAGCAGUGGGCGGGAGAGGUCAGAGACUGACAUGCCUGAUGAGCCAAUCAUGGCCUUUGAGAGUGGGGAAUCAUUCCUUAAGAAAACAGGCCCAAUUAAACCUCAGAAUGUGGCAGAAGUCCUCUGAGGUUGUGCACUGUUGGAUAAAGAAUUAAAUCUGUGGGUCCCUUAUUGGUGUCUACCUUAGGGACCUGAUGGAAAGAAGCACAGCAUGAACAGACCUGUGCCAAACCCAAAAACUGACUUCUGUUUAGACUGUACAGAGCAACCCCACUAUCAAAGCCUCUCUUAUGGCAAAUAAUGGAAAUUACAAGGAAGCUACACAAUCGAGCUGAACAAAACAAGUCCCACCAACAUGCACCAGAUUCACCAUUCAUCAAGUCUCUACUCCGUAUGACCUCACACUUUGUGGCGGUCCAAUUCAUGCUUUCUAUUCUGAUCACCACAAUACAACAAUUAAAAAAAGGCUUGUGACAAACAUUAUUGAUCCUUGUUAUGAUUCAUGCUGUUAUGGGUUGAACACAAAAGUGCUUUGGAUGUUUUGUUUUUUUAUGUUUAGUUAUUUAACUCGAAGAGAAUUGUAACUACUGGGUACAGUUAAAUGUGAAUAAUGUAAAUUGGACAAUGGAAAGAGACGAUCUGUGGAAUAAAACAGAAUGAAAAAGGUCUGAACUCCACUGUUUCAAAGACCUCUUCUUUUUAUGUUAGUGAUGAUAAGAGAUGUUUUAAUUUUCAUGUUGCCUCACAGUGAGAACAUUUUAAUGCCAUAGUGUUGCACCAGAUGCAGACAUUUAUAUUUUGUGCAAGAUCACUUAGGCAACAGGGACAUUGCACUAAUGUUCGGUGUGUGUUUGAGUGAUUAAAUAGUAAUAUUAAUAUCUAAUUAAUAAUAUGCAAAAGAGACUAAUCAUCAUCAUUCAUGCUAAUGAGAUAACUGACCUUUAAUUUGAAUUUGGUUAUUACUGUUGCAACUGCAACUUAAAGGUUAUGGUCUGGCUAUUUUGUCUGGCUUAUUCAAAAUAUUUGCUAAUCCUGAAUUUAAAUGCUACUGCAUAAAUAUUUAGUUGUGUGUCAAAGGCAUAAUGGCACUAUUCUGAGUCUAUUAAAGAGGAAAUGUAUUCUGAAUAGCUCCUUUUAAUUUAACAUAAUUAUGUAAAACUUUACAAGAAGGUUGUGUACAUUAACAUUUUUUUUAAACAAUUGUUAACAUGAAGUAACAUUGAACAAUACUUUUAUUGCAUUUAUUGAUCUUGGUUAACGUUAAUUUCUAAUACUAUUAAUACAUUUUCAACAUGAAAAGUUGUAUACAUUAAUAUUAAUUAAUUAAUCAUAUUUCUAAAUUAUCAUUAAUCAAAAUUCAUUGUUAGUUCAUGAUACCUAUGAUGAAUUAACUAAUGUUACCGAAUAGAACCUUAUUAUAAUGUGUUUGCAAUUAUUCUAAAGUCUGAUCAAGUUGCAUUUGUCCAUUCACCAGUCAGUUUUUCAAAGAUAACAGAAAGUGUGUUGUACAGAAAAGAGAUAUGUAGAAUAUGUAUUUUUAUGAUGGGAGGAUAGAAAUGUUGUUUUUAUUAAAACCUUUUUUUUUUAAAUUCA